AGGUCACACCUGAAACCCGCCCACUCCUCCUCCACCAGCCAACUGAGGAGCCCUCCUGAGAUUUGGGGGGAGGGCCCUCCUCCCCCAUAAAAUUUAGGGAAGAGUGUGAGAAGGACCUGCUAAUCCCUCAACAACUGCUGGACAUGCCAGAGGGCCCAUCAGUGAGGAAGUUCCAGCUGCUGACCUCCCCUUUUGUGGGACAAGUGGUGGCCAAGGUGGGGGGAAGCAGCCACAAGAUCAGCGUGAAUGACCUGAAUGCCCUGAGGCUCCAGGACUCCCAGGUUCAUGGGAAGAACUUGUACCUGGCAUUUGUGGCAGCUGAAGGUCCCUCAGGACCAACUGCAGAAGAGACAGUGCUGCAGAAAAAGGCUGCUGCUGUGGCAGGUUCUUCUGUCCAGGAAGGGCAAGAACAGGUUUGUGCUCCCCAUCCCCAGGAUGAGGAGCUGCAGGAACUCCAGCACUCAAGGCCUGAAGCCCCAGAUGCAGCACAAGGUCCAGGCCACUGGCUGCGCUUCCACUUCGGCUUGUUCGGCAGCGUCCGGGCAAACGAGUUCUCCAGAGCAAACAGAGCCAAUAAAAGGGGGGACUGGAAGGACCCUGUACCCAGGCUGAUUCUUCACUUUGAGAGUGGAGGCUUCCUUGUUUUCUACAACUGCAGAAUGCACUGGUGCUCCUCUCCAAGGGCUGAUCCUGCUUCUGACAUCCUGUCCAUGGAGUUCCACCGUGGCCGGGCACUAGAUGCCCUCCGUGCACCCAAUCCCAUCUGCUACACCCUCUUAGACCAAAGAUACUUUUCAGGGCUGGGGAACAUCAUUAAGAAUGAGAUUUUGUACCUGACCAAGAUCCACCCACUAACACAAGGCUCUCUCUUGGCUCCCUCGGAUCUGGAGCAUCUGCUGGACUGUGCCCUUCAGUUCAGCUCUGACUGGCUGCACCACAAGCUCCGUGGCCAAGGGCUGCACCCCCAGAUCUACCAGAAGGAGCAGUGUCCCCUUGGCCAUCCAGUGAUGAAGGGAACUUUUGGACCACUGGGUGCCUUUAAGAGACUUACAUGGUGGUGUCCUCAGUGCCAGCCUGAGGUGCUGCCAGGGGAAGGGGAUCCUUCCCCAGUCACAGAGUGA